AUGUGGAGGACUGAGGAGGUGGGAGCUCCAGCGGAGUCGUAUUUCAGUGUUUGAGCGAGUCCGGAGGAACUGAGACUGCCUUUGUUCACGUGGAGCUGCUGGAUCAGGAGAGGAGUGUGAGGACUGAGGAGGAGAAGAGUCUGUCUGACAGAGCGAGUAAAGCCGAGACAUGGGGUCAGCGAGAGAACCGGCGCUCAGCAGAACCUGGUGCUGGACUUUAUUUACUGUGUGCUUCUGUUCUUCUGGGUUUGCCUUCCAGCACUUUGAGUCAGAGCGGGACUCGAGCGCUCAGCUGGACCUCACCGAGCUCAUCGGCGUUCCUCUGCCUCCGUCGGUGUCCUUCGUCACGGGUCUGGAGGGCUUCCCGGCGUACAGCUUCGGUCCGGACGCUAACGUGGGCCGCCUGACACGCUCCUUCAUCCCGGACCCGUUCUACCGGGACUUCUCCAUCUCUGUGACGGUCAGACCCAGCUCCCGGAGCGGAGGAGUGCUGUUUGCCGUCACCGACGCGCUGCAGAAGAUGGUUCAUCUGGGAGUGUCUCUGGCGCCGGUGGAGGACGGCUCCCAGAGCGUGGUUCUGUACUACACGGAGCCCGGGGCCGGCAGCACGCAGGAGGCCGCCUCCUUCAAGAUGGGCGAUCUGACGGGCCGCUGGGCGCGCUUCACGCUGGCCGUUCAGGGCGAGGAGGUCCGGCUCUACAUGGACUGCGAGGAGCACCAUCGAGUGGCCUUCCGCAGGAGCCCAGAACCUCUCACCUUCCAGCCCAGCUCCGGCAUCUUCAUCGGGAACGCCGGAGGAACCAGGCUGGAGCGCUUCGUGGGCUCGAUCCAGCAGCUGCUGCUGACGCCGGAUCCCAGUGCUCCGAAUGAACAUUGUGAGGAAGACGAUCCCUACGCGUCGGGAUACGGCAGCGGUGAUGAUAUCUACGAUGAUACAGAGACUCCAGACGAGGUCAAGAAAGUGGUGGAAGAGAGAGAAUAUGUGAUGCCGGAGGAGUCGGGUCCGAUGAGAGCGCCGCCGACCGACCCUCCCUCCUACAGCACUGAGACGGAUGAUGAAGACCUGGAGGAAGGCUCUGGAGAGGACAUCAUCAUCAUCAGCGCUCAGAAAGAGCCGAUCCGAUCAGAAGGAGUGUCUCAGGACAGGAAUGUCAUUACCAUGCAGAAGGGAGAGAAAGGAGAGCGAGGGUCCCCGGGGCCUCCAGGACCCGCCGGACACACACCAGGACAGCCAGGGCCCCGGGGCCCGCAGGGGCCUCCUGGAGAGCCGGGACGAGACGGUCGGCCUGGUGAUCUGGGGAAAGAUGGAGCUCCGGGAGAAGCUGGACCUCCGGGAUUCCCGGGCCUUCCUGGAAAGCCGGGUCUCAAAGGUGACAAGGGUGAUCCUGGUGUGGGCAUCCCGGGGCCGCCUGGACCCCCAGGACCCCCAGGAACAUUCAAGUAUCCGGACGACAUGGACGGCUCCGGCUCGAGCUUCAUGGAUCUGGACAGUGACACAGAGCUGAUACGGGGUCCUCGAGGGCCACCGGGGCCUCCGGGUCCUCCAGGCCCUUCUGUCGGGGCUCAUCCGGGGCCCAUCGGGCCUCAAGGGGCUCCUGGGAGAGACGGGGAGACGGGCAAACCUGGACCCCGGGUGAACAUGGACGAGAAGGUCAAGCAGGAAAAGAUGGAGAAAAGGGGCAGAAAGGUGAAGCAGGUUCACCUGGAAUCAUGGGACCAAAGGGUGAUGCGGGCCAGCCGGGGCUCCCAGGACAGACGGGGCCCGAGCCCCAGGGGUCAAACAGGCCCUCCCGGGCCCCCUGGACCUUCGGGAACAGGCUUCAACUUUGAAAUGAUGGAUUUGGAGGGGUCAGGUCUGGACGGAAGCAGUGGUUUCAGACCUGUGCUGCCCAGAGGACCUCCUGGUCUUCCUGGGCUCCCAGGACCUCCAGGGCCACAGGGAAAAGACGGAGCCGAUGGCCUUCCAGGUGUUUCAGUGAAGGGGGAGCCAGGAGAUAAAGGAGACGCUGGACAGACUGGGGCUCCUGGACUGCCUGGACGACAAAGGGGAUGGGGAGAGAAAGGUGAUAUGGGUCAGAAGGGAGAGAGAGGUCUAGAUGGAAUCGGUUUACCUGGACCUCCGGGGCCUCCUGGACCUCCUGGACCAGUCAUUAAUCUACAUGAGUUGAUGCUAAAUGACACUGAAGGAAUCUUUAACCUCUCAGGGAUUUUUGAACCACAAGGACCAUUGGGACCAAGGGGUCCGAAGGGUGAUACCGGGGCCCCGGGGCUUCUGGGGCCUCCAGGAUUAAAGGGUCAGAAAGGAGAGCCGGGGAUUGCGUCUGGACUUUCUGUGCCGCAUGGACCCAAAGGAUUGAAGGGAGACUGUGGCGUUCCUGGACCUCCUGGUCAAACGGGCCCGGUCGGACCGGCUGGACCCAAGGGAGAGUUCGGAUUCCCAGGACGACCGGGUCGUCCAGGGACUAACGGACUCAAGGGAGAAAAAGGAGAUUCUGUCGGUCUGCCUGGUCCACCGGGGCCUCCGGGGCCUCCAGGACGUCCGGGGAUCUUCGGCUGUCCUAAAGGAACCGUGUUUCCAGUCCCUCCUCGACCCGGCUGCAAAAAACCUGUUAACAGUGAUUCUACACGAGUCUCAUCUCAUCACGCUGUGUUUCUCACAGACCUCACGCCGGGAGCCAGAGUCACGGACCCUCAACAUGAACACACCUUCAGAGGAGAGAAGGGAGAAGCGGGGAUGCCAGGGCUACCGGGGAGAUCAGGUUCAGCGGGAGCUAAAGGGGAAUCUCUCAUCGGACCACCGGGUCAUCCAGGACCACGAGGACCCCCUGGUGCACCAGGUUUGGGGAGAACCGGCGUCGCUGGACCUCCCGGACCACCAGGACCUCCCGGACCUCCUGGACAACACGGAUCUGGCGUGAUGAUCCCUGGCCCUCCUGGACCCCCCGGGCCCCCGGGACGAGCCGCCGAGGCCCCCAGCGCCGUCAAGAGGUACGUGAGUCUUCAGGAGCUGAGACGGCCGUCAGUGAUGGAGGACGCGCUGGCUUUCGUUACAGACACCACUAAACUCUAUAUAAAGGUUCCAGGAGGCUGGAGAGAGGUUCAGCUCGGAGGUCUGAUCCAGACGUAUUUCUCUCCGGUCCUCUCACAGAACGAUGCUGAGCCCCUGAUGCUGAGCCCACCGCUCCGGUACACACCCACAGUACACACCGGGAGCGCGCUGAGGCUGGUGGCUCUCAACACACCGCUGACCGGAGACCUGGGCUCCAUCCACUCGGUUAAUAAACUCUGCCGGACUCAAGCUCAAGCCAUGGGCAUCAGAGACGAUUACAAGGCCUUCCUCUCACACCACCUACAGGACCUGAUUGACAUCAUGCCGCCCCUGUACCGAACAAACACACCCAUCGUCAACCUGAAGGGUGAGGUCCUGUUCAAGGACUGGGACAGCAUCUUCUCCAGCCACCUCCUGCCUCCAAGUGUCCCGCUGUACUCCUUCGACGGCCGAGACGUGAUGAGCGACCCCUUCUGGCCUCAGAAGGCGGUGUGGCACGGCUCGUCUGAGAGGGGUCAGCGUCUGAGCGCUCUGAACUGUGAGUCGUGGCGAGCGUCUGAUAUGGCCAUCACCGGCCAGGCGUCGUUCCUGUACAGCGGUUUACUGAACCAGCAGACACGCAGCUGCUCGAACCGCUUCAUCGUUCUGUGUGUGGAGAUGAGUUCUGACCGGCGGAGCGUCCAGGAGCUGCGUCUCAGGAGAUACCAGCACAGAUACUGAAGGGGCCGUGGCCUCAUGAACUCUCGAAUGUAAAGCGUGCCGGCCGAUGAAGGACUGCGGAGAUCGGCUUUCUUUGUCAUUUGGAUGCACUGUACUUUUCGUAUUGUAUUUUUGAUGUUGAUUUUCCAAAAAAAAGGCUUUUUGACCACGUCAUGUAUUUGUAUUUAAUUUAAUUUCAGUGUUUUAUUUAUACAUUGACCGCACAUCAUUCAAAACUGAGUAUGGAUAUGUAAGUAAACUGUUUGAAUGAAUUAUGCAGU